GUCUUUAAGCAGCGAUAUGAAACUUUUGAUAAACAUUUUUGAUCGCCGCACUGGUGGCAAUCCAGACAGAAAAUUCGACCACGUGGUCGUUUGAUCCUAAAAAGAAGCUUUGAAUGAUUGACUGGUUAAGAGAAACGGCAGAAUUAUAUUUGUUUCGUUAGCGCUUGUUUUGAAGUGCAUAUCGAGUGUUUACAAUACUGGUUUUAUUUUGAAUAUGAGCAAAAUUUAAGGAGUUGGACUUAUAAUAUAUUCUACACGUGUUUUACGAGAUAUCUUGCGGGAAGAUGGCUGCCAUAACCAUGAUGAUAGUAUUACUAUGCGCUAGCUUUGCCUUUACUCAAGCAAAGGAUUCUAAACAUCACAGAGGGUUGAAGCACGGUAGAGCCACUCACGUUCACAAGUUAGGUUUCAAACCGAUGCAAUUUCUUUCUAAUACAACUACUGCUGAAAAACCAAAGACAAUUGAUCGCAAGCGAGCAGAAUACAUUCGAUUACGUAUGUCGCCAAAACAUGGACACAAGAUACAUAGAAAAAAUGAAGUAGGAUCAAAGCUAAAUGUGACUGAAAAACGUGACAAGAUAUCGAGAAAAGAUAAAAUUGCAUUUCAUCUUGCAACGGAAGAAAAGUUCAGGGACGAAAAGGCGACAAAACGUUUCAUGGAUGAUGGUCACCAUCUUGAUGAACGGCCUAUUCUGGGACGUUGUGAUAUAAACAAGCAAUGCAAAGCAGAUCAGUACUGCGAAGGCAUUUAUUGCUUUAAGUGCAGAAAAGAAGAUGAACAUUGCUAUGCAAAUGGUCAAUGUUGCAAAGGAAUGGAGUGCCAGUAUGGUUAUUGUGCGGGUGGUGUAUCUGCUGGCAUGCCAGGGACAUAUUGUGAUAAGGCAAAAGAUUGCAAAGGCUCUGAUGCUUGUUGUAUUCUUGAAAUGUCAGUGGACCAUCAUAAUCCUAUUUGCAAGCCAAUGCUAGAGGAACACGAGACAUGUGGUCCCAUCAACUUGUUCCAUCAAAUCUGCUCCGAAUAUCGGGCACAAAAUGAACCAAUUUGUGGACCAUGCAAACAAGGACUCGCUUGCAAAAGCGUCGGCAUCCAUGGACACCACAGCGUUUGCCUUCCAGAAGGUGGCGACUGAAGAAAUAUGGAAAACGGAAUGAGCAAACGUUAUACAGAACAGGACGUUUUAGUUAGGAACUGGGAUGUUUGCAAAAUGUUAAAACACUUACAUGUGAUUUCAGCACCUUUGCAAAGUUUUACAUUCCCUGGUUAUUUAAUGGCUGCCUGUAAAAAUAUGGCUACCGUAGGUUGAGGAAACGCCAUUACAUUAUACGGAAGGGGAAUUUGAUUUCUCGUUUCAAUAAUGCUAUUGUUAUUUUUAGUUUUUGUAUUGUAGCGAUAUUUAAGCAAAUCAAGUGACAAAAUUUGAGCCAAACAUUGAUAACUUGAGAAGGUACUGCUGAAGUGUUCCAAAUUGUUCUAGCAGACAUUGUAAUUUUAUGCAAAGGAGGAAUGCAAAGUGCAGCAAAAGAAAGUAAAAAUUCCAAGCAGCAUCUAGCGACAGGCGUAGAUAUAAUGUUCUCGGAAAGUGUGACAAUU